AUGAGCGAGAAUCUCUCUUAUGGAAAGGAGCUCCCUGACCAAGUUCCAGCCAUCAAUGCGACACUUACACAUCAACUUGUCCUCCUUACAGAUGUCCGUGAAUUGAUUAAGGAAAGGGUUGCACUCGAAAAGGAAUACUCUAUAAGACUAUCUGCUAUCGCGAAGAAAGCGGAGGAGAAACGGGCCAGGCAUAUGACACAUGCUGUUCUAGGAGAAGAAUGUAGCAAGGCAUGGACAGAUACGGACGUUCGUUCAAGCACACUUGACAAGGCAUUCACAGCAUUGAUCAAUUCGUACGAGAACACAGCCUCAGAUCACGACUCGUUCGCGAGCGCCCUGUCUGCAGACGUGGGGGACGCGUUGAAGUUGCUGGAGCGUUCCAAAGAUGAAUCUCGGAAAAAGCAAAUGGUGUUCUUUGCUAAGCUUGUCGCGGAGCGGGAUAGGAUUUAUGGGGAACGAUUGAAAGCCAAACAAAAGUAUGACGAAGAAUGCGACGGCGUGGAAACAUUCAGGCAGAAACAGGCAAGUCGAGAUAGGGCUGCUGAUGAUAAGCAUGCUGAUCGCGCCGCCAAGCAACUGGAGCAGCAGAAAGUAGAAAUGCAGAACAGAAAGAACGCCUAUUUGAUCCAGAUUGCAGUAGCCAAUGGUGCUAAGGAUAGAUUUUAUGAUGACGAACUCCCUUUACUUGAAGAUGUUGCUGCUUCACUCUCAGGCCUUGCACGAAGGUCAUCUGGAAUCUGUCCGGCGUUCGUGGCUAACACACAAGCCGCUCUCAAUGCUGUCGACCCUUUGUACGACCAAAAACUCUAUGCGAGCUUUAAUCGACGGCCUUUUAGUAAACCCGAAGACUGGGCCUUCGAACCUUGUGAAAGGUAUUACGACACUCCCGAGGUCAUAACCGAGCCUGAACCCAAGAUCCUGCUCCAAAACAAACUUCAACGGUCCAGGCAAAAGCUCGCGGAGCUCAUUCCUCAAAUCGAGGAUAAAUCUCGGGACGUGGCGAGGCUCACUAAACUCGUGGAAUCAUACGGGUCAAAUCCCACUCUGGGGAACUAUGAUGAGGUUUGGGAGAACUUGUUGGAAGCAACCCAUCAGCUCACCGAUUUGGAGCUGCUCCGGGUUGGAUACCAAGCUGAAAUGAAAGUGAUUGCGGGUGCGCUUGGAGGAGACGAGGGCGCUCAGAAACCACAUGAAUUUAAGAGCACCUCAUUUUCAAUUCCUGCCCCGUGUGGAUAUUGUAAGUCAAAUAUCUGGGGCCUUAGCAAGCCUGGAAAGACUUGCAAAAAUUGUGGCAUAUCGAUGCCAGCCGAAUGUGGCAUUGCACCAGAACUAAGUUCUAGCAAAGCCAAUUCGUUGGCGAGAGCUUCAUCUAUUAACUCCGUGGCUCCAUCGGUAUCAUCCAUCGCGCCAGCCAGUUCUCCUGUGGGCGGUAGCCCAGCUCCUCACGGACUAAUGCCCUUUCUCGACCCAUGCCUCCACCAGCAACUGCCCCUCCAGCGGCAGCCCACCACAAAAGCCAAGGUUUUGUACAGCUACGCAGCAACGGGCGAAUUUGAGGUUUCAAUCACUGAGGGUAGUAUGGUUGAAAUCGUUGAACAUGAUGAUGGUUCUGGCUGGGUCAAAAUCCUCAAUGAACAGGGGGCCGAAGGGCUUGUCCCAGCAACCUACAUCGAGGUUGUAGCCCCAGCAUUAAACAAGAGAAGGGCGCCUCCUCCACCUACUCGAGGUGCCUCUGCUGCAAAGCUUGUCAAAGCAUUGUAUUCCUACGAGGCGCAGGGAGACGAUGACUAUCACUAA